AUAUGUGUGUCGACCGACUAUCGAGUAUUAAAUAGAUUCAAUUAAAUUCACACAUAUAAUUUGUUAUUCGUCAUAAUCACUUUUUCAAUUCAUCCAUUCAAUUGUGAUGGCAAAUCUUGGAACAACUACACAGAGAAUACCCACAUCCUCAAAACCUUCAUCCCCUGCUUCUGACACACAUGAACCAAAAGGCCCACAUGAAAAACCAUAUGCAGAUUUCAAAUUCUAUUGCCCCAUUAACAUUCCCUUAACAGCAGAAGCUGCAGCAGCACGCAUCAUAAGAAACUUAGGAAAUUUGGGGUUAUACUACACACUCUUUGUUUGGAUCAUACUUUUCAUAACUCUAAUACCUCAGCGUAAGGUAUCAUUGAUUUUGUUGGUUAUCAUGACUUAUGUGACAACCCUUUACUGUUUACUAUUAAGGGCAUGUCCUAAUUCAGUUGUUCUUCAUAGAAUCAUUGAUAAAAGGAUUGUUUUGAGUUUGCUAUUCAUUGCAACUGCUGUUCAGCUGAUUUUGACUAAAGCAGGUAUUCAUUUUGCUGUGACUUUAAGUUCUAGUGUGCCUAUAGUUUUGCUUCAUGCAGUUUUAUGGGCUAGUACUUGUGAAUAUGAUGCCUAUGAGACUCAGGAAGGUUCUGUUACAGAAGAAUUGGCUCCUCUUACCGGCCAUAGUGACGGUGAAAAUCGGAGCUCAGACGCUGUUUGACUUUUCAGAAGUCCUCAUGUCCUCAUGUUGCACCACUUUUUUAAAAUUAAUAUAAAAAAAAAGGUUUAUGGUUUAUAGAAUAGGUUAUUUUCUUUAAUUUCUAUGGAACUAUCAAGGAAAUAAUGCAUAGGUCGAUAUAUAUGCAAUAUUUGUAAUGAGAAUGAAUACAUGUGGGAAGUAACCCUAUAAUUGUUUUGAGUAAAACUCGAAGAAAAAUUGUAUGAUCUAUUCUCUUUUUCACCUUAGCUAUUGAUAAUGAAAAUCUUUCUGUUAAAGUGACUGGAAA